UUCUAAUCAACUACCUAUUUAGUGAUAUUCUUGAUGCGCUAUUUUAAGCAAUAAUAAUUUGUCAUUAAACUUACACGAAUAACUUAGUUCAAAUGAGAAGUAGUCUAAAGUUUUGGUUUAAUUUAACUAUUAUGGUAUUCGUGUUGGUGAGCUGGUUCUACGUUAUAAGGAUAGCCAGGUAUCUGGCGGCUGUACCCAACUAAAAUGCCGCUUACAGCUGAUGUUGCUGCCCAGCAAGUUCAAGAACGUCUUCGGAGCUUGCAUAGGCUGGUAUACGAUAUAGAAACAGAGAGGAGCCACAAUGAGCAAUGUAUUGAUAAUAUAUUGCGGGCGGAAAAGGCAGCAGAAUCACCAUCAAAUGCAGAGGACUCUUCUGGUUCUUCCCAGCAGCAACAACAAUUAAAGAACUUGUACAAGGCUGGGCUGACAGCAGCAGAACAAGAAGAAAGACUCCUCAGGGCGGCUCUCACACGGAUUUAUGAGAUAAGAGCCAUUAAGAAUGAAAGAAGAAUGCAGGCGCGUCACGCGGGCAACAAAGAAACCAUCGGUUGCGGCGCGCUAAUGAAGAUGCUUCUAAGCGCCGCACAGACGCUACCUCUCCACGUGGGAAGGGCGGGCGAGCGCGCGCCUGCACUAUGCGGCGCGGUGCCGGCCGACCCUGGCCAUAUUGCUCACCCGGGCGAUGCGGUGGCUGCGCUCGUGAGAGUGUCUGAUAAGGAGGAGAACUGGAUCUUGGCUGAGGUCGUGAGCUGGCUCCCGGCUCAAGGCAAGUACGAGGUUGACGACAUCGACGAGGAGCAAAAGAACCGCCACGUGUUAAGCAAGCGCCGCGUUGUGCCGCUGCCGCUGCAGCGAGCAUCGCCGCGUACUGACGAACAUGCGUUGUUCCCCAAAGGAGCGGUGGUUAUGGCGCUGUACCCACAGACUACGUGCUUCUAUAGAGCUGUUGUUAACAGACUGCCUGCUAAUGCCGCUGACCCCUAUGAAGUGUUGUUUGAGGACUCGUCGUACGCGGACGGGUACUCGCCGCCGGAGCGCGUGGCGCAGCGCUACGUGAUCGCCAUCAAGGAGGGCAAGGGCCGCGCCACCUGACCCCGCGCCGCGCCCGCGCCCGCGCCGCCGCCCGGCCCCGCCGCCGACCAACAGAUGCUCUAGAUUCAAUAAUGUCCUUAUAUACACUCGCGAGCAAAAAUAUGGAAUCACCCCAUUUAUUUCGAGCGCUCACAAAAGCUAAAUGACUAAUGGAAGACAAAUAAAAAUGGAACCAUUUUAAAGGUAAUAUUAUAAACUUUAAAUUGAUACCACAGAUACAUACAUAGUCAUUCAGUUCUUAAUAUUGCUCGGACCAAAACACAAGGUGGUGAUUCCAUACUUUUGCUCGUAAGUAUAGUAUACUAUACCUUCAAUUUUUUAACUUUCUUUUAAAUUAACCGUUUUGAGCAUGUCAGUUGUGCGUUUGCAAGACCGCACUAACUGCAAGUAAAAAGUAUUUCAAUGUGCGAUACUGUAAAUGAAUUAUUGACCUCCGACUCAAGACGCCUAACAUGAAGGAAUCCUAGGGCUUAAAACCGUAGUGAUCUAAUUGUCAUUUUAAAAGUUGAUCAUCAGCUACCAUUUGCAUGAAGAAAAUCACGUAUUUAACAUUCUAAAAAACAUAAAAUUAUUGUGUAUUGGAUCACUAUGGCACAGGCAUAUCUUGCAAUUAUUUUUCAACAUGCGUUGCCACAAUUUGCUCUAUCUAUAGCUGUGUGUUUAUCUGUGUUGCUUACUGUAUUAUAGUUGCAUUACUUCCACAUAUUCCUUACAAGUAACUAAUUCUAAUAUUCAAUUAUGUACAUUUUUCAAAGCGGGUCUGGUAAUUAUUAAUGUUAUACCUAUCUAAUGCAUAUGUUUUCUAGGUUAGUUAAGUGUAAUAAAUGUAGUUCCAUGUAUUCAUAAAAUUAGUUCUAACUAAAGAGUUAACCAUAGUGAUCUAACUCUAGUUGGGCAUGUUUUGAGCAUAAUUCAUAAUCAGUAUUCAAAGAUGAAAAUAAUGAUUUGGAUCACUAUGGUUUUCGACACCUUUUUAAGAAUAAAGAAUUGAUAUUAUAAUCAA